AUGGCCCCUAUAUGCAUAAGCGACAUGCUUGACCGAAAUGACAGAGGUCACGGGUCUAUUGAACGAACUCAAAGCUUUGAAAGCGGCGACACCAGAAGCUUUGAGGUAGUUGGUCUUGCAUCCGACGAGACUUCACGCACUGGCAUGAAAGAUGACAUUUUGCUUCUUUCGUGGCUGGCAAUGCUUUUGAAAACGCGAGAAGGUGGUCAGGUUUCAUUUGAAUGGGCCUAUGAUAUCUCUGGGGAAAGCAGUCGGUUAUCAAUGAAUGAAGUUGUGAAAGGGCUGGAAGACGAUAUUGUGAAUGCUUCCGCCGCCAUUCGACAGUAUAUCGCUUCCGAAUCAGCAGUCCCGAGUCACAACGCUCCGGUUACAUCUCCGGUUCCCCUAAUUCUGAGUACGAAUUCCUUUUCAAAAAAACCAGAGGACACCAAAGAAGAAGGCACAAUCCAUCUCGAACUACGCUUUAACGACAAUUACCUCUAUAUCCGACCACUUUGGACUACCGAGAAUAUUUUACCAUACACAGUCUCACUAUACAUCGAGACACUAGUUGAAACCAUCAAAAUUUGCCUCUCAAGUCCCGGCUUAUCGAUGCAAGACUGCCUCCGACCAAGCGCACGCGAUUUGAGGGACAUCUGGGGAUGGAAUCAUAUUUUACCCCCGAGCUAUACAUUCGGGAUGCAUGAAGAAAUCUCAAGGCGUUCCCAAAAACACCCAAGCAAAGUGGCAAUCUCUUCAUGGGAUGGUGAAUUGACAUACGGUCAAAUUGAACAUUAUUCCGACUUUGUUGCGGACUCUCUUAGUCAAUUAGGAGUGCAACUUCAUGAUUUUGUUCCAGUUUGCUUUGAAAAAUCAUGCUGGACUAUCAUUGCUGUUCUUGCGGUGAUGAAGGCCGGUGGAACCUUGGUCAUGAUGGAUCCAACUUUGCCUCUUGCGCGUCUCCAAAACAUGGCCAGCCAAGUUAACGUAAAGACAAUACUGUCGUCUUCAAAACAGAAGAAGUCUUCAAAAGAAAUUCUGCCAGCUGGGAAUUUAUUCGUUGUGGAACAGGAAUCUUUCAGGGACAUCCCCGAGUCUGCGAAAAUCACAAAACUGCCUUCUGUGCCGGGUUCAACUUUGAUGUAUCUCAUUUUUACGUCAGGAAGCACUGGAACACCAAAAGGUGUCAAAAUAUCUCAUGAAUCGUACACCAGCAGUGCAUUCCCUCGUGCGAAGGCAGUGGGUUAUGAUGAAGAAUCGAGAGUUCUUGACUUCGCCUCAUACGCCUUCGACGUUAGCAUUGACAGCAUGCUCUUGACUCUCGGAAACGGCGGUUGUCUUUGCAUUCCCUCUGACGAGGACCGACUGAAUGAUAUAAACGGAGCCAUCCGGCGCAUGAGUGUCAACUAUGCUGGUAUCACUCCUUCAAUGGCUCGCAUUUUAGAGCCAGAUGUCAUCGCUUCCCUCAGCGGCUUAGGUCUCGGUGGAGAAGCUGCUUCCCCCAGUGAUGUAAACCUGUGGGGGCAGGACGCCAGAAUCAUCAUUGGCUAUGGACCCUGUGAGUGUACUAUCGGGUGCACAGUGAAUAGCAGCGCUGCCACUGGACGGGACUACAUUUCAAUCGGAACAGGAAAUGGUGCAGCGAUCUGGAUUGUCGAUCCUAAUGACCAUGAGAUACUUAUGCCCGUCGGCGCUGUUGGCGAACUGCUGGUUGAAGGUCCGAUUGUUGGGCAGGGAUACCUGAAUGAUCCAGAAAAGACUGCUGCUGCCUUCAUCGAAGAUCCGAAAUGGCUGCUUGAAGGUCAUGCAGAAUUCACCGGGCGCAGUGGUCGACUAUAUAAGACCGGGGAUCUUGGUAAAUAUGACCCUGAUGGCUCAGGCGGUAUCGUAUUUGCUGGCAGGAAAGAUACCCAGGUCAAACUGCGAGGUCAACGUGUCGAACUUGGGGAGAUCGAGAGUCAACUCAGAUCAAAGCUUCCUUCUGAGAUCAGCGUGAUCGUUGAAGUUAUCAAGCCUGAAGGAUCUGGUGGCCAGCAGACACUAGUGGCAUUUGUCACAUCCCAGUCUAUCACAGGUUCAGACAACGGGGAUAUAAGAUCGACCCAGCUCUCAGAUGAUCAAUCCAAGUCUCUUGCUGAAGCGAACACAAAGAUCAUGACUGUUCUCCCGAGAUACAUGGUACCAACGGCAUAUAUACCAGUCAACUGUCUUCCAGUCUUGAUCUCAGGAAAGACAGAUCGCAGACGCCUUCGGCAGUUCGGGGUAACAGUGGACUUGCGACAGCUGGGUCUGGGAUCUGACGGUGCUGCUAUGCGUGAAUUGACCGAGGUCGAGGAGCGACUUCGGCAGUCAUGGGGGCAAGUCCUGAAACUUGAUGUAGAAGGAAUCCGACCUGAUGAUAACUUUGUCACAUUGGGUGGUGACUCUUUGGCCGCCAUGAAGCUUGUUUCGGUCUGUCGAGAACAGGCACUCGACCUCACUGUGAUUAACAUUUUCGGCCACCCAAUAUUGUCUGAAAUGGCUGGCAUGGUCCAAGUCUGUGAAAACGAGACACGUCAAGAGGUCCCCGCCUUUUCAAUGAUCUCCCAAUCUGUUCAGAGUGCCACUUCUGAAGUAUCGGAGAUUUAUGGCUUUGAUGUCGCAAAGAUCGAAGACAUUUAUCCCUGUACGCCGACACAGGAAUCACUAUUCACUUUUUCUCUAAAGUCCGACAAGGCUUACGUUGCGCAGCGAGUGGCAACUAUUCCAACUCACAUCAGUCUCGGAGCUUGGAAGGAUGCCUGGGAAGUUGUUGUCAGACAAAGUCCUAUUCUUCGCACUCGGGUGGCGCAGUUGCAAGAGCCUGGUCUCCAGCAAGUCAUUCUGAACGAAGAGGUUGCAUGGAAACACCCAACUGACUUGGUUGAAUAUCUGGAAAGAGAUCGACAGGAAAAGAUGAAUCUUGGAGAAAGCCUUGCUCGAUAUGCUAUUGUUGAAGAUACAACAAAGAACAAUCGCUACAUGAUCUGGACCGUCCACCAUGUCCUUUAUGACGGCUGGUCUGAGCCUCUGAUCCUCAAGAAGGUGCUUGAUGUUUUGAACAACAAACAACUCGAACCUGAGACCCAGAUGAGAGAUUACAUCAAAUAUGUGCGCGAUACAGACGAAAAAGCCAUGGGAGAAUUCUGGAAGCGGGAGCUUGAUGGUGCCGUUGGUCCUCAAUUCCCUCGUCUGCCAUCUCGGGACUUCUUGCCAAUACCCGAUGGUUUCAUUGAGCACCAGAUUGCUUUUACCAUGCCGGAAAGCGCGUCUUUCACCAUGGCCACUUUGAUCCGUGGCGCUUGGGCCCUGGUGGCAUCUCAGUACACACGAAGUGAUGAUAUUGUGUUUGGCGAAACUCUCACUGGACGUGAUAUUGCACUAAGGGGAGUCGAAGGAAUCAUUGGUCCGCUUAUUGCAACGCUUCCUGUGCGUGUCAAUGUCAACCGAUUGAGUACCGUCGAGUCAUAUCUCCAUAGUGUGCAAAAUAUGAUAUUGACUCGCGUGCGAUAUCAGCAUAUGGGUAUGCAGAAUAUCAGAAAGGUCAGCCGUGAUGCCCAGCAUGCUUGCGAGGCCGGCACUGGCUUGGUCAUUCAACCUGAUCCCGACACCUCAGCAAGCAAGCUUGGACUCGAACAAGGGGACGUGGCCCGAGAAGCCCUCCAUUUCAAUCCUUAUCCACUGAUGUUGGCAUGUGGAAUUCGCAAGAGUGGCUUCAGAAUCUGUGCUAGCUUUGACAGCAGCCUUAUUUCAGUCGCGCAGAUGAAACGCGUAUUGGUGCAACUUGAGACGGCAUGCCAACAGCUGACCAAAAAUAUAUCAGCACGAGUCGGGGAGAUAUCGUGUCUUCCAGAGGUCGAGUUGAAUCAGAUCUGGAAUUGGAAUCAAACGGCACCGCUAUCAGCCAACCCAGAGCAAAAGACAUUCCAGGCAGGUUCCAGCAUCAAGCAUGGUGCGAUUUACCCCCGAGCAUUCGUUCCUUGGGUUUGUGAUCCACGUAACCCCUUCAUUCUGUCGCCCAUUGGGUGUAUUGGUGAGCUCUGGCUGGAAGGAUCUCUUUUGUCUGGUGAAACAAUUGACAACCCUGACUGGCUUCUAACCGGAGUUCCCGGAGUUCCUGGCCGUCAGGGACAAAUACAGGCGACUGGAGAUAUGGUUCAGCUUCUUGAGGACGGUAACUUGGUGUUUGUUGGCCGCAAGGAGAAUGUAGUGCCAGCUCAAGGACACGCCGUUGAUGUCGCAGAGGUCGAGGUUAACCUCGCCCAGCAGCUCCCUCCCUCUAUUCGCUUUGCUGCAGCCGUGGUCCAGAGCAAUCCUGCACAAACAAAGAAAGUGAUGAAGCAGGAACUUGUCAUUUUCAUCGAGCAAACACCGAUUGACGAGGAAAGCGUGACACUCCUUUCGGAAUCGCACCAAAUCAGUUGCGAAACCUCCGGCCAAUAUACAGACGCAACCAUCAGCAUGACAAUCUCCGUCGAGCUCGCCCUGGCACUGAAGAAGCUGAAAAAAUUUGCCCAAGACAACCUGCCGUCCUAUCUGAUCCCUACGGCAUAUCUUGUGGUCGAGAAAAUUCCCACCAAUAUGGGAAAUGUUGAUCACAAUUUGCUCAACAAGCUGGCAUCAAGCAUUUCUCCUGAUUUCAUUGAAAAGAUCCGACAAUCAUUUGUGACGGUGUGGGAAAGCAGCGCAGUUCGAAGUAGCUUGACACCGUCUGAAACCAUCCUCCGAUCGGCAUGGUCAAAGAUUCUAGGUAUUCCGGAAGAAAAUAUCGACGCCGAUGACAAUUUCUUCCGGUUGGGUGGUGACUCUGUCUUAGCAAUGAAACUGGUAUCAUCUCUUCGCUCACAAGGGCACGGCUUGACGGUCGCGAACAUCUUCCAGAACAUGCGCCUAGGCGAUGCUGCGAAGGUACUGAAGGUUGACCAAGCUUCGUCAAGCAAGGCCUUAGCUUAUCGACCAUUCUCCCUGCUGGGUCGUUCGGACCUCGAAAUGUUUUUGUCGAUCUUCGUUCGACCGAAGCUUGCCAACCCGAGUUGGAAAAUUCGAGAUGUGUAUCCAGUGACAGAUUCACAAGCACUCGACAUCAAGGCAACCAUUCAGCCACCACGUACUUCGAUGCAGUACACUAUGCUGUAUUUUGAUGACAGAAUUCAUCGCGAGAGGUUGCUGCGUGCUUGCGGUGAUCUCAUAAAGACACACGACAUCUUGAGAACUGUCUUCAUCGAGCACGAGUCCACAUUCCUCCAGGUCGUUUUGGACGGGCUGUACGCGCCCGUGGUGACGCAAGGGGCCGAGAAAGAACUGGAGCAAACUGUUGUUGAUGUUUGCACCUCCCACGCUGAGGAGGAUUUCAAACUGGGGUCGCCCUUCUUCAAGAUUUUCCAUGUCCAAGGGACCGAUGGUCGCGAAUGUCUUAUCCUUGGUCUCUCCCAUGCGCAGUAUGAUGGCGUUUCCUUACCUCGCCUCCUACAGGAUCUGGAGGCACUGUAUACCGGAAGCGAUAUUCUGGAGUAUGUGCCAUUUUCCACAUAUAUGGCUCGUAUCUCCGAUGACCGCGCAAACGGCAAGGCUAUUGCAUACUGGGAUAAGCUUCUGAGUGGUUCUUCCAUGUCAAUCCUGGGAGGAAAAUCGGGACAGCCUACCGAGAAGGCGGUGUUCCACACAAAACCUGUCGAUGUUUUCUUUUCUCUUGAGGAAAUCACCACUGCAAGCCUACUCACUGCCGCAUGGGCAUUGGUCUUGGCCCGCAAUCUUGAAAAUUCAGAUGUGACUUUUGGAAGUGUUAGCUCGGGUCGAAUGCUUGACUCUGCAGAUGUGGAAAAUGCCAUGGGGCCAUGCUAUCAGCUGACCCCUGUCAGAGUUCCUUUCGAAUCUCACUGGACUGGCAUGGACUUGCUAAAAUUCGUUCAGAAGCAAGGAGCUGAGUCUGCAGCCUAUGACUUUGUCGGCUUCCAGGAGAUUUCACAGCAGUGUGCCAAGUGGCCCUCGGAUGUACAGUCGUUCGAUUCUCUUGUGCAUCAUCAAGAUUGGGAUGACUUUGACUCUAUGUCUUUCGCGGGAGAGUCCCUCAAGGUGGAUAUCCUGAAUCCCCAUGGAGACUCUCCUAGUCCAUUGAAGGUAGUCUCUUAUGUCCGCGAAGGACAGAUGCAUGUUGGCCUGGUUGGCUGUGAAAGUGACACGGCGUUUGUGGAUAGGCUUCUUGAUCAAUUGGUCUCUACCGUCCAGAAACUAGAGGCUCAUCAAUCGGAACUUUUGCUCGACGCAAAAUUCUUCUGA